AUGAAAAUAAUUUUAAAAAAAAAUUUAGAACCUUUUAAUUUUACAAAUUAUGUUAAAUAUAGAACAUUUGAAACAAUGUGUGAUGAGAAAUUAUCUAAUCAGAACAGUAAUAAAACUUUAAGAAAUAUAAUUUCAGAUAUUAUAUCAGAAGAAAAAUUAUCUCCUAUAAAUAUUAAAGAAAAUGAAGAAGAAAAAUCAAUUCUAUUAAUUGAUGAAGUUGACGUAUUUUUUUCACAUCAAUUUGAUAAAAUGUAUAAUGCAGUAGUUACAAUUAAAAAUAAACAUAUUACUCAAAUUCAAAAAGACAUUUGGAAACACAUAGUGACUAAUAAAUCUGAUGAAGGUCAAUUGAAAACUUUCUUUGAGCUAAAAUUAUUUAGUUUAAUUGAUAAAGAUAAACUAUUAUCGAAUUUAGCACAUUCAAAUAUAUUAAAAAAUCAUUUAAAAGAAAUGAUAAAUACUGCUUUAAAUAUUCAUAAUAAUAUAAAUACGUUUAAAGAUAAAUUUAAAAUCACAGAUAAUGUUAUAUAUGCUAAAGAUUCGGAUGGAAAAUAUUCUUCAAGUACUAUCUAUAAUUAUGAAAAUAGUUUUUAUUAUUUAAAAUUAAUGUAUGAAAAACAAGAAAAUUUCAUCAAAAAUUGGAUUAAUACCAUUGUUACUCAUAUUCGAAGAAGGAUUGCUGAAGAUAGAUCUGUUUUAAUAUUUUUUGAAAAUGAAAAAAUUCUUGAUGAAUUUUAUAAUUCUUAUUCAGGAGAUUUAGGUGUUAUACCAUUUUUUAUUAUUCAUGCUGGACAUCAUGGAAAAGUUACUUUAUUAACUAAAGAAUUUGGACGUGGUGUUGAUUUUCAAUCAGAAACAAAAGUUGAUGAAAAAGGUGGUAUUCAUGUUAUUCAAACAUUUUUUUCUGUAAAUAUUAAAGAAGAAAUUCAAAUUAAAGGACGAACAGCAAGAAAAGAUGAGUUAGGUAGUUAUGAAUUAAUUUUAUGUUUAGAACAUCUUUAA